GCCCGAUUCGGCCGCAUUUGCCGCCGCUGCGCAGUGUAUCGAAAGAAGCGCGCGAGUCCGCGUUCGAAUAAUCAAUCUGUUUUGCCGGACAAAACAAGAGGUUUUAUUUAACGAUAACGAUACAGUAUCGGGUUUGCGGUAAUCAAGAUAAGAGAUUUGUUUAAUUUGUGAACUCGAGUGAGAAGGAUGGAGUGUCAUUAGCCAUUAAGGGUUGUUCACUAUCCCCGAAUACCCGGAGUACGAGGCGCGCGGCAUGUGGUCAGCGGCGCUGGACGCGAUCCUCACCACGCUGCGGUAUCUAGCGCCCGCAACAUUAUUGACGCUUCUCUGGGGUCAGCAGAGUUUCAUAUUCAAGAUACUUAAAUACAUCGACUCGGCUUUCAGAUCUUUGCUAUUCUCGAAUGAGGAACAGAAGCAGGCGGUGUUGCAAUGGGUGUCGGAGCAUGGACCUGUGCGCGUAGACGAAUUGGGCACGGUGUGGCGGCAAGGCUGGCUGCUAUGCGGGGUGUUAGACACCGCGCUACCCGGCGCCUGCGCAGGACAUCCACCGACACAGCUUUCUCUGAAGCACGCUCAAGCGAUUGCUGCACAAUACCUUGGAGUUGAACCGGUAUUUUCUCGCCAGGAGCUGGAAUCAAAUGAUAAUUUAAGCAAACACCAAGAAUGGCGACUGAUAACAUACAUAGACUCUAUUCGUCAAGCUAUAACUAAAGUAGCACCAUCUGUUGCAAAGUCCAGUUAUCAGAAACCUUCUAAAGAUACAACUCAAUUUACUCUUGAUUACAUAGCAAGGGGUUCGGGUCUUUCAGCCGCCCAAAUAAAUCACCCGAUGUACUUCAAAAUUUAUCCAACAUCCCAACAAUCUUUAGACCCAGGAGAGAUAACAAUAGUAAUUAACGGGCCAAAUGAUACGUGUGGCGUCAGAAUAUUACCACCUAUUUUAGGAAAGGCGCAAUUAAUAAGACAGCAAUUACUUGGUAUGAGAUCGCCGUCUGGCUAUACAGAAAAUAAACUACCUUUAGCCCACGGAGCAACUUAUUUAAGAAGUUACGGAAAAAAUGACAUGACUAAAACAUUUUACAUACCAAAAACAAAUUAUGACAUUGAUAUCGAAGUGGUAUCUUCUCAAGAUCACGUUAAAAUAGGUUAUACGGCCAAAUUAGAAGGGAAAUAUGAAAUUUAUAUCACCAGCAAAGGCAAUAAUAUUGUGGGGUCACCUUACACUGUGACGGCUACUAAAAAUAUAUUAAAUUUGUUGGAAAAAGACAGUUUUUCUCUAGAAGACGGGGAAGAAAUAGACAUAGUAGAUGUUAAAUCUGAUAGAAAAGUUGUAGUGAGAAUUGUUGAUUUUGUUACCGAAAAAAUGUUGCUAAAAGAUGAUGGAGUCUUAGAAAAAAUCUCCGAAGACGAAGCCAAAUAUUUAAUGGAGAAAGAUACUACAGUAGAGAACCCUUUACCUCCAAGUACCCAAACCUAUAGCACUAUUCCCACAAUCAAAUUUGACGAAGCUAGUAUAAAAUCAACAAAAUUCAAUGAAGCAGCUAAUAAAAUUGUAAAAAUAAAUAAAGUGUGUAAAUUAUUUAAUGAGCUUGUCAAAGAAAAAGAAACAGUUUUCAUUCAAGAUGAUAAUCUACAGUCAACAAAUCAAGACAUACCAGAUGUGGUUAAUUCAACACUUGGUGAAGCUACUGUUAGUGCAUUUUUAUUAUCAAACAAACGCGACAAAGUAAUUGUUCCUGAGAAUAUUUCCGUAUCAAUUUUAACAGAAAAAAUUAGCAACGCAGACGAUACUUUACUUAACGAUGGCAGUAGACCUCUCUCUCCAGCCCACAAAGACGAUAUCAAUUUCGCUGAGUUAAAAAUAUUACGUGACAUCCCAUUUGAUGGUGUAAAUGAAUGUGAUGACGCAAAUAAAUCAAGCAAUCCAUUUUUAAAUGAAUCCAUUGCUCAUGACGAUAAAAUUGGAAAACUUUUGGGCACAUUUGUAACUUCAGAAUUUGAAGCGAAUAAAAACCAAAACGAAGAAACACAGGAUGCACCAAUAAAAAUUAUUCUUGAAUAUUCAAACGAAGCACCCUCAAUAAAUGAAACGAAUCCUUUUAUCAACAAUAUUUUAAUAACAGAUCGACCUAAAUCUCCGAUAUUCAAAGACAUUGCAAGCGAUUCUGACUAUUUUGAUCUUCACAGUGAUAAUUAUGAAAAUUUAAGUGAGAAUGAAUUUGUUAAUCCUUUCUUUGCACAUCUACCUACUGACAAUAGUAAAGAAAACUUACCUGUAGCCGAUUUCAUCAUAGGAGCUCCCGUAUCCUUACCUCCUGAAAUAAAGUCUUUAUCUCAAGAAACAACCAUCAACUCAUUAGAUGGCUCAGAUAAAGGAACUAAUAACAGAGGGGCUGAUGUAUGCAAAGAAGAAAAUCACGAAACAUCCGAAGUCUUUUGUUCUUCUUUUGAAAAAAAUGUCAACACUUCAAAGGGCGAAUAUUUGAACAUCAAUUCUAAUGCAAUAGAUACCAUCGAUAGUGGUAAUCUAUCACCGAAAAAAGAAAUGAGAGAUUCAGCAUAUGUAAGCAUAGAUGAAAAUAAUACUUUACCAGAUAAUAAUAACAAUGAAAACACCGUUUCAAAAGGCUCUGAAACCAAGCAAAAACUUUUAAAUGAUUACUUUUUGUCCAAUAUGGGGCCAGCAGAGCGAGAAAUAUGGGAAAAUUGUACAGAAUUACAACAAAGUGAAGCAAACAAAUUGCAAGAAGAGAUUAUGAAAACAAACAGAAGAGAUUUAAAAAAAUCUAACUUUACACCAAUUGUCGAAGAAAGUGAUAAAAUCAUUUCUGCAGGCAUGAAGGGCUUAAAAUCAGAAAACGAUAAACAUACUGAAACUGAUCCAGUAACACUAGCUUUUGCUGAAAUAAAUAUCCUCUAUAAUGACUACUUCCCAAGUUCUGAAAACAGUUCGGUAAUAAACGAAGACCGUAAAAAUAUCGACAGGGAAGUUGACCAAAUAAGUGAAUAUCAAUAUGUCAAAUCUGCGUCUGAACCCGAAACAGAUGUGAUGAGACAUAAUAAACAAUCAGAAGGUGAGAUUUCUGAGAUUCAGGCAAAUGUAACUGAAUCAGUUUCAGUAAGUCAAACCCUUCAUGUCGAGGAAAGUAUAAAUAAUAACACAUACCAGUCACAACAUAACGAUCCUAUUAAAUUUGGUGAUAUUACAUAUUCUAACAUUGUCCUUGAAAAAAAGAAAUACUGGGAUGAAAAAAUACGACAAAUCGAAGCAAAGGAAGAAGAAUCACGGAAAUUACAAAGAAAGAGACGACCUUCUGUAAAACAGUUAAGACAUAACGACUCACUUAGUAAACGAAAAGGAAAACAGAUCAUCAAAAAAUAUCUUAGUACUAACGAUAAACAAACUAAAGAGACAGAAAAUCAAGCACAAGUCGUAAAUUUUGAGGAACAGUCACAAAAUAAUGAAAAUGACAAUGAAGUUAAUAUUACAAGAGUAAAAAAUUGGAAAACUUUUUGGGACAGCAAAUUAGAAGAUGAAAACAAGGAGAUAGUUCAUCCCGAUUCUAGGGUUCAUUCGCCUUUGCCUAAUGAAGUAUUUAAUCCAAUAAUACUGGAAAAUGAUGAAACAAAAAUGGAUUCCAAAACACAAGUAAAAACUUCAAAUUCAAGUUCACCGGUGAAACAAGAAAUACCAGAAGAAGUUUUUAAAGCAUUUGAAACAAGUCCUAAAAGGUUUUUCGGUACUUCUCGAAAACAGAUUCUGAAUAAAAUAGAUAGUUCCUUAGGAAAACCGAAUACAGUUAAGGAACCUUCAAUAGAUAAUAAUGAAACGACGUGUGAGAGCGGUUUAGUAUCUAGUCGCAUUUCUCUGUUUCACAACAUAUCUCAAACGGAAGAAUUAUCAUGGACACAUCGAAAAAGUCAAUCAAUGCAUAACAUAUAUCAACGAAAGGGUAGUGACUCUGACGUAUUAGAGCCAACAUGUAAGAUAGAAAACAAAGAAAAAUUAGACAUACCCGAAACCACAAAAGAAGAAAAUUUAGAUCAAAGAAAACAAAGUGUAAAAAAUAUAACCUUAAAAGAGAAAAGAGCUCGGGUGGCUGACAAAUUUUAUACUAAAAGUUUUGACGAAAGUAGUUAUCACGAUUUUCAGAUAACAGACGAUUUCUCAGAUCACGAUUCAUACGUGAAAAAAACUAUUAAAACUAUGAACAGUUCACUUCCUUGCAGUUCAAGUAAUGAUUCGAAUAAUACUCCUAAAAUGUCCAGUAGUAAGUCAGAAAUGGAUAUAUUUAAUAAACUAUCAAAUAAAUCAAUCGAUGAGGAUUUUGAUAAAUACAAAUCAUACGAUGAAUUGCCAAAAGUCAAUGUUAAAAGCUUUAUAUCGUUGUAUGAAGACGUUUCGAAAACUGCAGAAGCAAGUUCUACAAGAUUACGUAAUAAUAAAAGUCCUGGAAGUUUUGAUAAACCUACCAAGGUUGCGUGCUUAAUUUCUGAAACAGCUGCAACAAUCGAACCAAUCGUUACUUCAACACCAAUUGGAAAACUUUUCAGUGAGGAAGCUUCCAGAGUACAUUUUAAUUCUAAAGAAUUUGCUGCAAAUCACGUUACAGAAGAUUCUAAUAAAAAUAGCAUUACUAAUGAAUGUAAUGGAAGUCCUAUCCAAGAUAUGGAUAAGAAAUCAACAUAUUUUAGUUUACCAGACAUCGAGUUAGAAAUUGUAGAAAAGACUAUAGAUAACUCAACUGAAAUUACACCAGAAAGGGAAAUCGAAAACUCAUCUGAUUAUAAAUCUCGUUUCAAAUUGGCCAAGCAAUAUUUUCAAUCACUCGAAGAACUUAGAGAAGUAAAGAAGCCGAAAAAAUUAAACGAAUGCGAAUUACUUUUGUAUAAUAAGUCAAACGAAUCUCUUAACGAUAACGAACAAAAUAAACCAAAAGAAAAAAAGAAAAUUAAAUCACGUACGAUGCCGUCGUCAGAAAUUUCUAAAUUUUGGAAUCAACUACAAGACGAAAAUAAUGAAAGCAAAGAUAAUAAAUUCAUGAAGAUAUCAGAAAAGUUUCACGUUGAGGAUUUCUUCACGGAUGUUAUGGAAGGGAGGUUAAGCAGACAAGGUAGUUUGAGGGGAAUUCCUCACAAGAAAGCAGUAUUAGAAGCAUUCAGAUCGAUGGAAAACAUUUCUGAUAGUAAAUUAAGUCCUUACGAGCUUGCUGUGUCCCAAUUUAAUGAUAUUAAUGAAGACGCAAGAAAAAAGAAUGCGCAGACAUAUCUUAACGAAUAUCCGUACUUACCUACAACAGAUCCGUCCAAUUUUCAUUCCAGAUUAGAUGUUCACGCAUCUGGUUUAAUACCAUUUAAAGAAUUAAAAAGGGUACGAAGGAAUAGUGUACCAGAUUUAAGAUUAAACCCAUCUUUUACUGUCGAUUUGUAAACAUUUUUUUUUUCAUAAAAAAUUCAAU